UAAGCACUCGAAUAGAGUGUGGUGUAACAGAAGUAUAUUUUGUGCUGUGAAGCAGCUUUGUUAUUAAAAAUCAAAAUGUUUUCAACUAUUUUUAAACUGUUAUUUUUGGUAACAACAUUAAUAUUGGUCGAUAUUUCCCCAUCCAGAGCAGAUAAUUAUAACAAAUGUCCAGAAACCAGCCAUCUACGGUCCCUAAUUUACCAGAAUACAUUAAAAGGAAGGGUUAUCCAUGUACGCAUUCCAGGCACAGGUUUCUUUGAAGCUCCAAUCACUUGUCUUCAGGUAACCGAUAUAAAUGAAAGUUUCAGUACACCAGUUGUAGAAGAAGGUGGAUAUGGAAGGGAGUACGUAGUUUUACGUAUUGACCCAGUUGAAUCAGGAGAACAGUUAGAGUACGAUGUUCAGAUUUAUAUUGACGAAGACACUCGUACAACAGCAUGGAGGAAAACACGUCACCAACUCUAAUUUUUUUAUAACGGAAUCGAUUUUGCUAAAAAUUUUGGAAUUAGACUUAUCUUAUCCCCCUUAUCUCCCUCUUCAAAAGUUAUAUAUGCGCUGGCUAAUAUUUUUAUUUUUAAGGGGUGAACACGACCUCAUAUUGAAAAAAUAAAUAUUAAAGCAUUUAUGGAUUUAAAUCAAAAUAAAUCAAAUGCAACAAAAAAAUUUAUAUUCACUGUUAUUGAAAUAUUGUCAAUUAUAAUAAUGAUUAUUUUAUACAUUGUCAACCCUUCAACAAUCUUAAAAACUACCCCCUUUAAUAAAAGUAAAUGUAAUAAAUCGUUAACAGGCUCAAAGGUUUUUGUAGUGCAGUUAUAUCAUCUACAAUGUAAUGCUUUGCCUAUAUACAAAAUUUUUGGCUAAUUACGGAACUUCAAAAUUUAAAAAGUACCCCUUGUAAACAUAUCUAUUUACGAAAAAUCUUUCAACAACUUCAAAAAUUUAAAUGUCCAUUUAUAUUCAAAAAGUCCUUUCUUGUCAAUAAAAUAAUAUUUUUUG